AUCUAUUUUAGUAAAAGAUUUACAAAAUGGUAAUAUAGUUGAAGAACAAAGUAGUAAUCAGAGUGGUAAUAAAAAUGAAAAACCUAAAAACAAUUUUGUCAACUUUUCAAAUUGGCUUCUUAAUAUGUUUGAUAAUGAUGAACAUGAUAAUUAUCUUGAAUAA